AUGGGGGAUUAUAAAGCUCCAAAAGAGAAGACACCUCAAGCCCCCGGGCCGGCGCCUUCAAUGCAGGACUUGAGCGGUGCUUGGGUACUUGAAAAACACCUCUCGUCAAACAUCCCUCUCAUUCUCAAACUGCAAAAAAUCCCCUGGCUCGUCCGAAAAGCCAUCGACUCCUCCGCCAUCCAUCUCCACAUAACGCAGUAUACGUCCACAGACCCGAAAACCAACGAGCCAAGAGUACAUUUGGACCUUGUGCAGCGCUCGUCUGUGAACGUCGGAAUUGGGGUUAUCGAGGAUAACCGCAUUCUGGACUGGGAUGAACGGCCGCAUGAGGAUUAUAUCUUUGGGAGCGUCGUUACGAGGAGCCGAUAUGUUACAGGUGCAGGGUUUGGGGAGGCCGAAGACGGGAAGGGAGCAAGGCCUGAUAUACGUCUAAACGUUGAUGUUGAUGGGGAGGAUGGGGAGAAAAUAUUGAGGUUCUUGAGAGGGGAGAUUGAUGCCGAUGGGACUUAUUGUGACGGGUUCCUAGUUGAGCCAUGGCCUGGCUGUGAUUCUGAAAAUGCAGAAGGGAAAGGGCUCUGGGUGCAGACACUGGAACGCAGUGAGAGGUCUGCCUGGACUGCAGAGACGAUCUGGGGAUUUGAAAUGAUGAACGGGGAGAGAUGCCUGACCUCCCGGGUUGCUGCUGUGGACGGGAAGGGGAAUUAUCAGCUGGGGAAAUGUGUCUUUCAGUUGUUGAAUAGGGAAUGUUGA